AUGAGUGUAGAGUCCACCAAGCCACGUGAUGCUUGCUGCUCCAAGCUUAAGCUUUUUCUGGCCUCUAUGGCAUUCGCGUACUUUGCCAAAGCCUUUGGUGGUGCGUACAUGAAGAGCUCCAUCACCCAGAUUGAAAGGCGCUUCGACAUCCCCAGCUCAUUUAUGGGGGUCAUAGACGGCAGCUUUGAAAUGGGCAACCUUUUGGUAAUAGCCUUUGUGAGCUACUUUGGUGCGAAGCUCCAUCGUCCCAGACUGAUUGCGAUUGGCUGCAUGAUCAUGUCUGUUGGGUCCUUCCUCAUUAGUCUACCACACUUUCUGCAGGGCCCGUAUAAAUACGAGACCAGCAUGAUUCACAAUACCCAGGUCAAUGACACGGAGAGCAUCCUGCCGUGUUCGUCCAACCACAGUUUGACCGAUGUUGACGACACACCCGAUUUAGCAACACGAGCAGAUUGUGAGAAGGCCACUGGUUCAUCCAUGUGGGUUUACGUGUUCCUGGGAAACAUUCUGCGUGGGAUUGGAGAAACCCCCAUCAUGCCCCUGGGGGUGUCCUACCUGGAUGACUUUUCCAAAGAAGAGAACACUCCUUUCUACUUGGCCUGCAUCCAUACAGUGGGAAUCUUGGGCCCCAUGUUUGGCUACAUGAUGGGAUCCUUCCUUGCCAAGAUCUACGUGGACGUUGGAUCUGUGAAUUUAGAUAGCGUGACCAUCAACUACAAGGACUCCCGCUGGGUCGGGGCCUGGUGGCUGGGCUUCAUCGCGACCGGCACAAUUGUCUUGCUCUCCAGUAUCCCCUUCUGGUUCCUGCCCAAGUCUCUUCCAAAGCAGGGGAAGGAGAAGGACCAGAGUAAAGGCCUGGAGCUCUGCACAGAGGCAGAGCAGGAUAAUUUCCUCCAGCACCAGGAUCAGGAAGAGAAAGAAGUUACAUUCCAGGAAAUGGCUAAAGAUUUCAUUCCAUCACUGAAGAUACUCUUCAGGAACAGCAUCUACUCCAUGAUGAUCCUCACCUACCUGGUGAUCGUCAAUGGCUUCAUCGGCAUGAUCACCUUCAAGCCAAAGUUCUUGGAGCAAAUCUAUGGCCAGUCGGCCUCCAAGGCCAUUUUCCUCAUAGGUAUCCUCAAUCUGCCCGCAGUGGCCUUAGGCGUCAUUACUGGAGGUUUUGUUCUGAAGCGUUUCAAGCUGGGCGUGAUUGGGGCAGCCAGGGUGUCCAUAACGGCGUCACUUGGCUCCUUUUGCCUGCUGCUCGUGCAGGUCUUCCUUCGUUGCGAGAGCGCGGAGGUGGCUGGCCUCACUGUCACAUAUCAAGGAAUCCCUGAUGUGUCCUAUGAGCCGCAGACAUUGUUGUCACAAUGCAACGCCGGCUGCUCCUGCUCAAUGAAGCAGUGGGACCCAGUGUGCGCCGACAAUGGGAUGACGUAUGCUUCUCCCUGCCUGGCUGGGUGUGAGACCUCCACGGGCACUGGAAAGGAGAUGGUGUUCCAUAACUGUUCUUGCAUUACCGAAGUGAUCAGUCCAAGCCAAACUACCUCAGCGGUGCUGGGCCAGUGCUCCAGGAAAAGCGACUGCGAUCGGGUCUUCAAAAUCUACAUGGUUCUGUCCGUGGUGGGCUCCUUCAUAUCGGCGUGUGGAGGCACCCCUGGUUACAUCGUGCUGCUCAGGUCCAUACAGAAAGACUUGAAGUCUCUGGCUUUAGGAAUGCAGACGUUAAUCGUAAGAACUUUGGGUGGGAUACCUCCUCCUAUAUAUUUUGGAGCCCUUAUUGACCGGACUUGUUUGAAAUGGGGUACCAAGCAGUGUGGAGGCCGUGGCGCGUGCAGACUUUAUGAUGCAGACGCGUUCAGGUGGAUAUUCAUGGGGUUGAUUGCUGGACUAUACCUCCUGUCGAACAUGAUGUGGGGAGGCCUGUACUGCAAAAUUGUCCAGAGGCAGAAGAAAUUGGCAUUGAGGGAGCAGGCCAAAGAAAAUGGACUCGAGGGGAACAGUGUGAACGGACAUGCUGAUGUCAAUAUCGCUCUAAACAAAGAGGACACAGACAAAGAGAGCACCAUUUAA